CUGAGGGGCGGGGAAGGGGCUGGCCCCGGAAGGCAGAGGAAACCCUGAAAAGAAAACAGCAACAAGCUGAGCUGCUGUGACAGAGGGAAACAAAAUGGCGGCACCGAAGGGGAGCCUCUGGGUCAGGGCCCAGCUAGGGCUCCCGCCGCUGCUGCUGCUGACCAUGGCCCUGGCCGGAGGCUCGGGGACCGCUUCGGCUGAAGCGUUUGACUCGAUUUUGGGUGAUACGGCGUCUUGUCACCGGGCCUGUCAGUUGACCUUCCCCUUGCAUACCUACCCCAAGGUGCCCGCCAAUUUGUACACAGUGGAUCACACAGAAGAGGAGCUGUACGCAUGUCAGAGAGGUUGCAGGCUGUUUUCAAUUUGUCAGUUUGUGGAUGAUGGAAUUGAUUUAAAUCGGACCAAAAUGGAAUGUGAAUCUGCAUGUACAGAAGCAUAUUCCCAAUCUGAUGAGCAAUAUGCUUGCCAUCUUGGUUGCCAGAAUCAGCUGCCAUUCGCUGAACUGAGACAAGAACAACUCAUGUCUCUGAUGCCAAAAAUGCAUCUACUCUUCCCUUUAACUCUGGUAAGGUCUUUCUGGAGUGACAUGAUGGACUCUGCUCAGAGCUUUAUAACCUCUUCAUGGACUUUUUAUCUUCAGGCUGAUGAUGGAAAAAUAGUUAUAUUCCAGUCUAAGCCAGAAAUCCAGUAUGCACCACAGUUGGAGCCGGAGCCUACAAAUUUGAAAGAAUCAUCGCUAAGCAAAAUGUCCUCAGAUCUGCAAAUGAGAAGUUCACAAACACAUAGGAACUAUCUUGAAGAUGGAGAAAGUGAUGGCUUUUUAAGAUGUCUGUCUCUUAACUCUGGGUGGAUUUUAACCACGACUCUUGUCCUCUCGGUGAUGGUAUUGCUCUGGAUCUGUUGUGCGACCGUUGCUACGGCUGUGGAGCAGUAUGUUCCCUCUGAGAAGCUGAGUAUUUAUGGUGACUUGGAAUUUGUGAAUGAACAAAAGCUAAACAGAUACCCGUCUUCUUCUCUUGUGGUUGUUAGAUCUAAAGCUGAAGACCACGAAGAAGCAGGGCCUCUACCUACAAAAGUGAAUCUUGCUCAUUCAGAAAUUUAAGCUUUUUUUUUUUUUUUUUAAAGUAAGGGUAAUAGACAUCUAAAUUUUCAUUCCUCAUAGAGCUUCUAAAGAUGGUUUCAUUGGAUAGGUCUUAAAAAAUCACUAUAAAAUGCAAAUAAAGUUACCCAAAUCUGUGAAGACUGUAUUUGCUGUAACUUUAUCUGUAAUUUCUUUUCUAGUAAUUUAAGAGACGGAUAUUUGGGAUUGCAUUUUUAUUUUACUAAUAUCUGUAGCUGUUUUAUUAUUUACAUUGUUUUUGUUUGUUUUCUUUCUUAGCCAAAUUCUGUGAGCUGAUCAUUGCUCUUCCCCACCUCCUGCCAUAAUACUGUCUGUCACCUUAAUUAAUAAACUCAAUACUCGAUAGGAUUUGAUGCUUUUGCUGAGAAAUGGCCCACAAUGUGUAUUUUGAAAUUUAGCAGGAAAUGCCCUUUAAUGACACUACACUUUCAGUUGUAUUGACUGAAAUCAUUAAAAUUUUAUUUGAAUAA